AUGGAUAUUUACGACACUCAAACCUUGGGGGUUGUGGUCUUUGGCGGAUUCAUGGUUGUCUCUGCUAUCGGCAUCUUCCUAGUGUCAACCUUCUCCAUGAAGGAGACAUCAUAUGAGGAAGCCCUAGCGAAUCAGCGCAAAGAAAUGGCGAAAACUCACCACCUGAAAGUGGAGAAGAAAAAGAAGGAGAAAACAGUGGAGAAGAAAGGAAAGACCAAGAAAAAGGAAGAGAAACCCAACGGGAAGAUACCUGAGCAUGAGCCAGCACCCAACAUGACCAUCCUACUCAAAGAAACAAUGCGGGCCUCUCCCGUAGCAGUGGCACCAACCCCAGUCCAGCCCCACGUGGUCAUUGCCCCAGUAGCUGCAAUACCAGCCAUGCCCCAAGAGAAGCUGGCCUCCUGUCCUAAAGACAAAAAGAAGAAGGAGAAAAAAGUGGCAAAGGUGGAACCAGCAGUCAGUCCUAUAGUGAAUUCCAUCCAAGUUCUCACCUCAAAAGCUGCUAUCUUGGAAGCUGCUCCCAAGGAGGACAAAAAUCCAGAUGUGGUCCAGAGUCAGGCAGCACCAAAGCAAGACGCUCCUUCAAAGAAGAAGUCAAAGAAAAAAGGUGAGCCUGAUGCUGACAGCCCUCUCUACCUGCCCUAUAAGACUCUGGUCUCCACACUUGGAAGCAUGGUGUUCAAUGAGGGAGAGGCCCAGCAGCUCAUCGAGGUCCUGUCGGAGAAAGCUGGCAUCGUUCAGGACACCUGGCACAAGGCCACUCAGAAGGGUGACCCCAUGACCAUUCUGAAGCGCCAGCUGGAAGAGAAGGAGAAGCUGCUGGCCACCGAGCAGGAAGAUGCAGCCGUUGCCAAGAGCAAGCUAAGGGAACUCAACAAGGAACUGGCUGCAGAAAAGGCCAAGGCAGCAGCUGGGGAGGCCAAGGUGAAAAAGCAGCUGGUGGCACGGGACCAGGAGAUUGCGGCGGUGCAGGCACGCAUGCAGGCCAGCUACCGUGAGCACAUGAAGGAGGUGCAGCAGCUACAGGGCAAGGUUCGAACUCUUCAGGAGCAGCUAGAAAACGGCCCCAACACUCAGCUGGCUCGUCUGCAACAGGAGAACUCCAUCUUGAGGGAUGCCUUGAACCAGGCCACAAGCCAGGUGGAAAGCAAGCAGAAUGCAGAACUGGCUAAGCUCCGACAGGAGCUCAGCAAGGUCAGCAAGGAGCUGGUGGAGAAGUCAGAAGCCGCACGGCAGGAAGAGCAACAACGGAAGGCUCUGGAAGCAAAGGCAGUUGCCUUUGAGAAGCAGGUUCUGCAGCUGCAGGCAUCACAUAAGGAUACUGAGGAGGCCCUGCAGAAGCGCCUGGACGAGAUCAGCCAGGAGCUCUGCCGCUCCCAAACCAGCCACGCCAGCCUUCAGGCGGAUGCAGAGAAGGCCCAGGAGCAACAGCAGCAGAUGGCGGAGUUGCACAGCAAGCUGCAGUCCUCAGAAGCAGAGGUGAAGAGCAAGUGUGAGGAGCUGGGCAGCCUCCAGGGGCAGCUUACAGAGGCCAGGGCUGAAAACACACAGCUCACUGAGAGAAUCCAGUCCAUUGAGGCCCUGCUGGAGGCCGGCCAGGCCUGCAAAGCCCAGGUCAGCCAGGCCAGCCAAGCGGAGGCCGACAAGCAGCACGCCCGCUUCCAGGAGCUGGAGUCCCAAGUUUUGUCUCUGGAGAAGGAGGCUACUGAGCUCAGAGAAACUGUCGAACAGCAGAAGAUGAAGAACAACGACCUCCGGGAAAAGAACUGGAAGGCUAUGGAGGCUUUGGCUAUGUCUGAGAGGACCUGCGAGGAGAAGCUGCACUCCCUGGCGCAGGCCAAGGAGGAGUUGGAACAGCAGCUCCACUUGACUGAGGUGCAGACCAGAGAGGCUGUGCAAUCCCUCCUCCCAGAGCUUGCAGCCACAUCACACCAGAAUUACACCGAGUGGCUGCAGGAACUCCGAGAAAAAGGCUCCGAGCUGCAGAAGCAGCCUCUGGCUUCCACAGAACCUUCCCCGGACCUGGCCUCCAGGCUGCAGGAGGCAGAGGAUACCCAGAGCGCCUUGCAGGCAGAGUGUGACCAGUACCGCACCAUCCUGGCAGAGACGGAGGGCAUGCUUAAAGACCUACAGAGGAGUGUCGAAGAGGAGGAGCAAGUGUGGAAAGCCAAAGUGAGCACAGCAGAGGAGGAGCUGCAAAAGUCUCAUGUCACAGUGAAGCACCUUGAAGAGAUCAUAGAGCGGCUAAGAGGAGAGCUGGAGAGUUCUAACCAGGUGCGGGAGCACACCUCACAUUUGGAGAUGGAACUGGAGAAGCACAUGGCGGCAGCCAGCGCUGAAUGCCAGAGCUACUCUAAGGAGGUAGCAGGGCUGAGGCAACUUUUACUAGAAUCUCAAUCUCAGCUGGACGCAGCCAAGAGUGAAGCCCAGAAGCAAAGUGAUGAGCUUGCCCUGGUCAGGCAGCAGUUGAGUGAGAUGAAGAGCCAUGUAGAGGAUGGUGAAGUAGCGAGGUCCUUGGCUGCCCCCUCAGAAGGCCCCCCAGCUGAGCAGGACCCUGUCGAGCUGAAAAUGCAGCUGGAGCGGACAGAAGCCAUCCUGGAGGGCGAGCAGACGCAACGGCAGAAGCUCACAGCUGAAUUUGAGGAGGCUCAGAAUGCUGCAUGCCAGUUACAAGAAGAGUUGGAGAAACUCCGCACUGCCAGUCAUUUGGAGUCUUCAGAUGCGCAGGAGGCUGUGCAACUUAAGGUAAGACUAGACAAAGAGAAAAAGCUCACAAGUGACCUGGCACGUGCUGCCACUAAGCUGCAGGAGCUUCUGAAGACUACCCAGGAGCAGCUGGCCCAGGAAAAAGACACAGUGAAAAAGCUGCAGGAACAGCUGGACAAAGCAGGGGAUAGCAGCAGCUCAAAGGAGGGCACUUCCGUCUGA